AUGGCUUCGCUAGAAGACGAGCACUCUCAAGUUUACAGACAGCUAGUAUCUGUAGUAGACCAGCUACUAGUUGCAACGAAGAAGGCCAAAUUGGAAGAGCUUCCGCAGACGAUUGAUAAAGAGUUUGAUGAAGCGUUGCAGAAAAUGCCAGAUCUUCAACUGGCGCUUCUGCACGCGGAAAUACUCCACAAGGAUUCAGAGGAGACGGUAAACUCAUUUCUGGAGAAAAUGCUGAAUAUACGACUUCGCAUAAUUGAACAGCAUAUGAUAACAUAUCCCAUACUGCGUGCUAUUCACACGGAUAACGAUUCCAAUAUAGCCAGACUAGCUAAAGAGUGCGACAGGUCGAACAAGUCUUUCAUGGAUGAAUUGAACAAGACCGAUAGUAUUCAUAGUUUCCUGGAUGGGUCAAUUGAGAACGUGAACAAGAGCCUUGGAGGGCUUCGUGAAUUGGUGCAAAAAUAUCUACAUCUUGUGGAGGAAAAUAAAAACCUCUCUUUUCAAAACAAAAUCAGGGAGGAAGAGCAUAUUCCAGAACUGGAGCGUUUGAAAGAAAGAUGCGCCCAUCUGAUCAAAAAGAAUCUUGCCCUAAGCAGUUUCAAUAUCAGUCUCAUAUCAUCACUUUCCAAAUCUGAUGUGUACAAUGAUACAUAUUUACGCGAGACACUGCUAUUCUGUGGUGAUUACGAUGAUUACAAGCUCGAAGAAUAG